GAGCUCACCCAUUGAACGCGCCGGGGGAGCAUGUCGGUGAGCGGCUGGCUGAAACGUAGCAUUGCAAGGUUUUCCGCCAAUCAUGGCACAACUUCGUCCAGUGCUACGAUCGCCGAUGGCGCGCACUCUUUAUGAACGUCUGCUUCGCGACCGGGAGCUUCAACACUUCGACAAAUCUCAAUGGUACCACGUGGACCUGAGCCGCAUCGAGAACGAGGAUGUGCGGUCCCGGUUCGUGCAGUGCGAGCUGGACGGCGACACGCAAGCUUUCCUCGAUAGGAGCACCGAAAAGUCUGGCUGGCUUGGCACACAAAUUUUACACGCCGUGGUCAGACUGUUUCUCGGCUGGUUCAUCACCAAGACCUCGCUUAAUGGGUUUCUGGGACGCGGCUCCAUGUUCGUCUUCUCCCGCGCCCAGUUCCUGGGGCUCUUGGGGUUCUCGGAAGACGCUUCGGGUCCGAUCUUCUCGUCCCUCCUGGACAUCGGCGCCGGGGACGGUAACGUGACGGCCGUUCUGGCGCCCUAUUUCCGCCGCGUGGACGUGACCGAAGUCUCGCCGCCGAUGCGACGCAUCCUCCAGCGCCGGGGCUACCGCGUCCUCGACGCCGUCAGCCUGACGUCGGAGAGCAACUGCACCUCCUCGGCUCCGGCCGGUUACGACGUCGUCUGCUGCCUGAACGUGCUGGACCGCUGCGACGCGCCCCUGGCUCUGCUUCGCUCGCUGAGGUCCAAGUUGGCCACACCGUCGGGCAAACUAGUGGUUGCCGUCGUCGUGCCCUUGUCACAGUACGUCGAGUCCGGGCAGUCCGGCACCGUACCGGCCGAGACCCUCGGCGUGUCCGGGACGACGCUGGAGGAGCAGGUGGAGUCUCUGUGUCGUGACGUCAUGGAGCCCGCCGGCUUCGCCCUCGAGUCGUGGACGCGCUUGCCGUACCUCUGCGAGGGCGACCUGGAGCAGGCCUACUACUGGCUCGACGACGUGGUCAUGGUUCUCAGAGCUGCCGGAGACACGCCGUCAUCCUGACAUCGUCCUGAAAAGGCGGCGCAAGACGACGUUUUUUUUGUUUUUGUUUUUUUUUUUUUCUUAUGGAAAGCAAGAGCCCAGAGCAGAAACCCGUGACGUCACGAGAUACUUGUAAAGCAACGUUAGCUGAACGUCACAAUGACUAGUUGUACCUAUUUUGCUUUAGACUUGGCGUACCACCUGUCGUGACGGCUUCAGCCUGAAGGCGGUGUUCCGAAGAUCUUUUGUGGAAAAUGUCGUCACGAGCCCAUAUAUCGUUGCUUGGGUUUUUUCAACGGGGAAAUGACGACGGGCGCGGUAGGGUUAGGAAGAACUCGACGCUUGAAAUUAGAACGCGAAAAAUUCCUCGAAUACAGCUCUUUUCUUUUUUUUUUCUUUUUUUUUUUUUUACAGCCCAUAAUGAGUUUUGCAAGUGAACAUUUUCUUGGGGUUGUCUCUGCUGUUGUCUAUCGUUUUUAUUGUGAUUCUGCAUAUUUACGUGAGAUAGUUUAUAUUGUGAAUAUCAGGUAAUUAACACAGUUGAAAUAAAUUUUGUGCGAAGUUUCGGCAUUGAUUACAGGAUUUAGGAUCAUAUGUACGAUGAUCGGACGGACAUCACUGAUCACUGACCGUUUUUGUUUCCUAAUUUCCAGCAGCACUCUAUUAUAAUUGGUCUUCUUAUUUGUCACGUGUAAUAUAAAACACGCAAUUUAGGAUUUAGGCUGAUAAUCAGAUCAAGAUGUUUUGCAUUUCUACCUCUGGAGUCCUUUUUCUUUUUUUUUUUUUUCUACGCCGCCCCAAAAAGGUAUUUCGAUUUGGACGAAUUUUUCAUACUCUUUUAUGAUAUUAAAGUUAUGUAUGUUCAUAUACUUAUGGCGUAUCUAGACGUUCUGAAACAUUGUUAAAGGCCCAAGGAAUUAAAGCGGUACUAAAAUUGUUCUUUAGGUCACCUUUCGUGGCGAAAACUCAAUCUGCAUGCCUUAGACAUGCAUCCUAUAAAACUCAAAAUUACAAUCAUGCAUGUUUUGUUUUUUUAUUAUUAAAAACCCGACCAAACAUCGCGACACGUCCUUUUUUCUGAGAUAUACGUCUGAAAAGAGACAUGUCACUAUGUUUCGUUGCAUUUUUAAUAGCAAAAAAAACACGUUAAAUCGCGUUUUUUUUUUCUUCUUUUUUUUAACGUUUAGGGUGUUUAAAUAUAAUUAUUGCAAUAGAAUUACGGAAUACACUUUCGUCCCCCAUUAACUCGUAGGCGCGUCAUCGCCAUCAGGGAAAAAGCUUUUGAGUGUCCUUACAAACGUGGAUGUGAGAAAUAAAAAGUCCCAACUGAGUUCGCUACA